CCAAACCAGAGCUCCCUCAUUCUCACAUCCUUCGCCAUGAUUGCCCAGACUCUGUUCGUUUUGGCACUGAUCCUGUCCGCUGUGGUGGCCAUUCCCAUCGAUCCCUAUGGACUGUCGGCUCCGGGACUCACCUAUGCGGCUCCCAAGCUGCUAGCUGCUCCUGCCAUUUCCUAUGCUGCUCCCAAGCUACUGGCUGCUCCUGCCAUCUCGUAUGCCGCUCCUGCCAUCUCAUAUGCUCCAAAGGUCCUGGCUGCUCCCGUCGCCGUGGCCAAGGUGGCUGUGGCCGAGCCCUACGAUCCCAAUCCGCAGUACAGCUUCUCGUACGGAGUAACCGAUCACCACACCGGCGACUCCAAGCAGCAGGAGGAGACCCUGGUCAACGGAGUCGUCCACGGCAGCUACUCCCUGGCCGAGCCCGAUGGCACCAUCCGCAAGGUCACCUACACCGCCGACAAGGUCAACGGAUUCAAUGCCGUCGUGGAGAAGAAGGGCGUGGCCGCGGUGGCCAUUGCCAAGCCAGCCCUGGCCGUCGCCGCCGUUCCCGCCAUCACCAAGAUUGGCUACGCCUCGGCGCCCGGCCUGAGUCUGGGUGGAUACCACUAG